AUGAAAAAUGUCGUUCGUUGUCAAAACCGUUGGAAUUGUUCAUCAAGCAACAAGUGGAAUGGCACAACUGUUCAUAAUAUGUGCUCGUUUAAAAUCGAAUUACGUGCUGCUCGAUCAUAUGGUUUAAGUACAAAAGCUUUUUAUGAUAAUUUAGAAGUUGAGAAAACUGAAGGCCCUCAAAAACAUUUAUUUAUCGGUGAAACAUCUGAUUGUGGUCUUUAUGGUGCAGCAAAUUCAUCAAUUGUUAAAAAUAUUCGUACACAAUUAACUGAUGAAAAACAAAAUUUCGAAGGAAGAACAAUCAUUGCUAUUGGAGAUAAAUCUCGUACUGGUUUAUCUCGUACACAUUCAUCAAAUAUACUUUUAUCAGUUAAUGAAAUUGGAAAACGAUCACUUGUUUUUGGUUAUGCAUCAGCUGAUAUUGUUUAUAAUAGAUUCAAAUCAACUAUUGCUUAUACAACAUCUCGUCAAAAGAUUUUAUCUGGUGAUGGAAUUGCACGUUCAAAAUCAAUUCAAGUAUAUAAUUCAACUAAUGCUGAUAUUCUUCGUUCAUUUCAAGAAUUUAAUUUAGCAUCUGUUCUUUAUUAUACAAUGGAAGAAAAUGCAACAUCAGAACAAUCAUCACGUAUGACACCUAUGGAUAAUGCUACGAAAAAUACUGGAAAAUUAAUUAAUAAAAUUAACUACUUAUUAUAA